AUGGCCCUCCUCGCCGCGGCCCGUCGGGCCUCCUCCCUACCCAUCCUCCGCCGGGCCUCCACGCUUCUCCGCCCAAAGUCCUCGUCGUUGAUGGCGAGCAGGUGGAGCUCGUCCUCCCUCGACGCCGCAGUCUCCUCCUUCGAGUCCUCCGGCGCCUCCCUCAUCGCCGCACUGGACUCUUACCGUCAGAGCACCGUGACCGAGGAGUCCGCCCGUACCGUAUUGGGCCCCCUCCGUGCCUUCUUGACCGAGACCGAAUCCCUGAGCGCCACCAUGUUCGACCUUGAGCUCGUCGGCGCCAUCGACUCCGCGAUCAAGUCCCGCAACAAGGACGGCGCGCCCCCCACCGAGCUCCAGUGUCUCCUCGCUAAGAUAGAGGAGACCGGGGAUUACUUUCCCUUUGAAAUCUCUGAAAAUAAGUGUCGUGUCAGCAUUACACUUACAAGAACUUUAAAGGGUGAGAAGAUUGAGGUUGUGGCAUCAAAGCCCUGCUUGGACGAUGGCGACGACGACAAUAACUCCUCAUGCACCUCGCAUGAGGAUGUAGAAUCGUCUUCGGCGUCCUCGAACGAGAAUCUAGAAGAAGACGGUGGCCAGAAGAACAAAUUAAGAUCUAGCAUCAACCUAGAGGUCACCAUCUCCAAGGGCGAUGGCUCAAAGCUUGCGUUCACCUGCUUCGCGUAUCCCGACAAUAUAACCAUCCGUUCCAUGUGCAUGUUGUCGCGGACAGCUAGAGAUGAUGUUCAGGCUACAUAUUACGAUUUCGAUAAGCUUGAUGAGAACCUGCAGAAGUCAUUCGUGAAGUAUCUGGACCUGCGCGGGGUCACGCCAACGACGACAAACUUGUUGCGUGUGUACUUGAGCAGCAAGGUCCAGUCCAAGGAUCUGCUGAUGCUGACCAAGCUGCAGGAUUUCGUCAAGAAAGACUGA